AUGGCCAGUGUUCAUCCAGCAUCUGAUCACGCCCCGCAGCCAUUGGGCAAUAGAAAUAAGAGGAGGAAGAACCGAAACCAAAGACCACAAACAAUUUCGUAUGUCAAUAAAGAAGCCGAAGAAGUGUUUGAUUUAUUUUGCUCGAAGCAAAAACCCAACAGUGCUCCGAAUAGUUUCUCCUCUCAGGUCAGGCACACUACAACGUUGAAAGAUAGACAAAAAAUUUUGGACUAUCUCCAUGGAGGAAACGUGGAGAGAGAUAAGGAGGUGGAUUCAGAGAGAGAUGAUGAGGCCAAAAUUGAAGAGCUGAACAAGAGAAAGAAAAAAAAUUUGCUGAAGAGACUGAAGGAAAGGCUUAUUUCACUAAAUAAGAGGCAGCCGAUAAAACCAUUCAGAGAGAAGGAUGUCAGUGCUGAUGGCAAAAAUAAAAAGAUAAAAUCAUUUUUUCAAUCGUUCAGGAAAAAAAAGAAUAAAGCACCAAAUGAAAUCCAGCAAAACAUGAUGGCCGUGCAGGAUGAUAUGAGAAUGCAUAGCAAAUCAUCAACCGAUGAUUUCUUGGAACCUGGAACACCCAUCAUGCUAGUAUCAGAUUCUCCACCACGGCUGUCUCCCACCUCAUCACCCGGGAAGAACCUCAGAGUGUCCAGAGGUGUUCAUUCGGGAUUUCAGUGUGACGGUGAUGAAAAUGGCACAUCAGUGGAUAAAUUGUCGAAGAGGUUCGACUGGACAGUCGUGGUGUCGGAGGGGGCCAGUAGUAGGGAUGUGCUCGAAGAGGAAAAAGUUGAGGUGGAGAAGAGUGACAAAUCGCAAGUCUAUGAAGAUGUCGCUGAGAGGCUGAAGAAAAUUUCAGAGGAGGCCCUUAAAUGGAUGCACCGAAGUUCGGCCCCGGCCAAAAUCCGGCUUUUUUUUCAAAUCCGGCCGGAUUUGGUGGCCGGAUUUAAGCGUCUAUCAACUUUUAAAAAUCUGACUGACCUAGUUUGUCAAGUGACCCAGAAUCUGGCCUAUCAGCAUUUCAGCAAUGGCGUCAACCAGUUCAUCAGACAAUUCAACGACCCGAUUACGAUUCAAGUAGCCCUGACAUUCGCCAUCACCGAAAGGGCCAUGAAUUAUGUGGGGUUUAAUUCUAGGAAUGCCCAUAUUAUCAGGAACCAUUUCUACAGAUACUUUGGGAUGAAUUUUGCUCCACAGCUGGCAGAGGAGGGAGGAUUGACACAACUUGUUGAAGAAAUAGACAUUGAUCCCUGAGAAAGAAAACGAUGCGAGUGACAGAGAAUGAAUGAGUGAAUGAAUUAAUGAGUGGAUGAAUUAAUGAAUGAAUAAAUGAUUGAUUGAUUGAUUGAUUGAUUGAUUGAUUGAUGAAUGAAUGGGUGGGUGGAUGAAAAGAAUAAGUAUGUAGAAAUUGAUUUGUGAAUAUAACAUUUUUUUACCAACUCACCAAAAACAUAACUCAGUUAUUUAUUGUAAGAUGAAAAGAACGGUACAGACAGCAUUAGAAAUUGAUUUUCUUGCGUACAUCUACGUACUCUCUUUUCCUCUUGUUAUUUAAUGUUCUACCUUCUUAUUGCUUUACAACAACAAAAUUUUUUUUCAUGUUUAUAGUCAGU